AUGAUUAAAGACAACAAAGAAGUAGCACAGUCGGUUAGUGCAGGGCCACCGAUGCGGCAGGUUUUGCGUUUGAUUCCCAAGUAUGAUCUCAAAUCCUUGUUUCGACUUUUUUCCUUUCCGCAGAGCACUGAUGCAGAGAGUUGGUAAGAUGAGCGCAGCAUCGGCCCCAGGUUUCUCAGUGCAAUGUGUAUUGGUACAAAUUACCAACGUAAGAUAAGGACCUUUACCUGUACUUUAACAUUGACCGCCAAGCAAACGACAUAAAAAAAAAAACGCUCAUAUCUGAUCAAGGUCCGGUAAACAGAUUACACUGGAUAGGAUCCCAAACUUUCAAAGGGAAAUAAAACAAAAGAAACCUCCGUAAAACAGAAUGAGAACAACGAGAACAUCUGUCCAAACUGCGGAUUCGACCAUGAAGGACUACGUCAAAGUGUUCAACCUCCUGAAAAACUUGUACCGCUUUCUCCAAAAAAAGUUAUUUUUCCAAUGCGCAAAGGAAAGAAAAAUGACAAAGAUAAACAAAACGAACCCACGCCAGCACAUCAGACUCUGACCUCGCUUUUCAGUUACGAAGGGCUAAUCCACGUACAUUCUGCGCACCCACUGUUCAUGUUCUAAUCCAUGGUGAAAACGGAGAAAAGGAAGAAGACUCCGGCCGAUCAGCAAGCAUUCUAGACGGAAAAUCAAGAACCUAAAGUCAACUCACCAAAGCAAAACGUAUCACUGCAACCCACUGACACGAAGCUCUAUGCCAUUACCCAGAAAAUAAAACACCAUUACAGGAAAUAAAAAACAAAGACCUUACUCGUCGUUGUCAAGGGAAGCAAGAAAUCCCAACCUCUCCUAAGUCCCGAUACUAGUGUGGAACACGGAUUAUUGCAGGUACCCAACACAACCAAUACAGAGCGUAAUUCUCCAAUAAAGGACAGUGCCAUCACCAACCAGGACCUUGCAGAGAAUUACUGCCUCUCAGCAAAUCCACUUUUGACUUCCCAGUACAAGUUCCAGGACGGUUUGUCUGAUCCGGGCAAAAAUAAGAAAAUCAUGACAAAGUUAAUAGUAAAUGAAGGCUUAACUCCUACUGCCCUUAAACUGGAAAAAAUUCUAGAGCCUAAAAGCCACGAAGUAGGAACAAAGAUUUCAUUACUUUCGAGUUCUCGUCAGGCUAUGAAAAACAAUGUAUAAAAUUUUCUCCCUUAAAACAUCAAUUUUAAUUGAAAAAUUGUUGAUACAGCAGGUUUGCAAUUUUCCAAAUUAUAUAAAUUUAACCAUUACAGAAAUGGGCGAACAAAGCAAACUUGCAAAGUUUGAAAAACGUUUCCCAGCAAGGGCAGAUUUGAAUUUUGGAAAGAGCCAGAAAUCGCACGACGCCAAGUCGGGUGACUAUGGUGAAUGUUCCAUCAAACGGAUACCAUUGUCAUCAAGGAACGUCAGGCUGUGUGAUGCGAGCUUUGUGAGGAGCUGCAUUGUCGUGAUGUAA